CACCCGAGACGGCUGUUGGCGUGCGAUUGGCCCGGAUGUGAGGCCAAGUAUAAAGCCAUGCGUUAUCUCAUAAAACACAAGAAUGCGCUCCAUUUGGGUUUGAGACCAUACGUGUGCGAGUGGCCCGGCUGUUCGUACACCGCCGCCACGUCUGAGCACCUGAAGUAUCACCGGAAGAACAUUCAUACGAAGGAAAAGGGGUUUAAGUGCGAUUGGCCCGGUUGUGAGUACCGGUGCAGUACUAAGUGGGGGUUCGUUACCCACAAGCGCACCCAUACCGGCGAGAAACCGUACGCCUGUAACUGGCCUGGCUGCGCGUAUAGGUGCACUCAGCCGUGUGCCCUAACAGUCCAUAAACGCAAUCACACGGGAGAGAAGCCAUACGUGUGUCCAGAGAAAGGUUGCGGUAAACGGUUCUCAUCAUUGGCCGGCAUUUUCGCCCACAAACCCCAACAUAACAGAGAACUAGUGAUCAAUAUGGCCCACAAGCGCACCCAUUCAGGCGAGAAGCCGUACGCUUGCAAUUGGCCCGAAUGUACGUAUAGGUGCUCUCAGUCUUGUACUCUCAUAUCCCAUAAACGCAAACACACGGGAGAGAAGCCAUACGUGUGUCCCGAGAAAGGCUGCGACAGACGCUUUGCAUCAUUGGCCGGCAUUUUCGCCCAUCGACCGCAUCAUAACAGAGAACUGUUGAGAAAU